AUGGAGUCAACACCCCUCAAGCUCCUCCUCUUCCUCACUCUCUUCCACCACCUACAACCACACUCGUCGGCGUCAACACUCCCCAAAGAAGCUCUCCCCACAAAAUCCGGCUACCUUCCGGUCAAUUCCACCACCGGGUCCGCCAUAUUCUAUGCCUUCUAUGAAGCCCAGAAUUCUAGCACUGCUUCUCUUUCUGAAACCCCACUUGUCAUUUGGCUUCAAGGAGGACCAGGUUGCUCUUCCAUGAUCGGAAACUUCUACGAACUCGGUCCAUGGCGGGUGACAGCUUCUGUCAAGCAACACCUUACGCUCGAACCUAAUCCAGGGUCUUGGAACCGGAUAUUCGGCCUUCUUUUCCUCGAUAAUCCGAUUGGAACUGGUUUUAGUAUCGCUUCAACAUCCGAAGAAAUCCCAAGAGACCAACACGCUGUAGCAAGACAUCUAUUCAUCGCCAUCAGAAAGUUUAUCGCUUUAGACCCGUUGUUUAAAUCUCGUCCAAUCUACAUUACAGGUGAGAGUUACUCUGGAAAAUAUGUCCCAUCAAUUGGGUAUUACAUUCUCAAAAACAAUCCCCUGUUACCCGCUUCUAAACGGAUUAAUUUGUACGGAUUGGCCAUCGGAAAUGGAUUAACUCAUCCGGAAACCCAAGUAGCCACUCACGCUCUCCAUAAUUACAAUCUUGGGUUGAUCAAUGAGAAACAGAAAACCCAAAUGGAGAAACUGCAAAUUAAAGCUAUCGAGCUAACAAAAGCUGGUAAUUGGAGCGAUGCUACAGAUGCAAGAAACACUGUGUUGGGAUUUCUGGAAAGCAUUACAGGUCUAGCUACUUUGUAUGACUUCAGGAGACAGAGUCCUUAUCGUUCUGAUUGGGUAGAAGAGUUCUUGAAGAACCCAGAAGUUAAAAAGGCAUUAGGAGUGAAUGAAUCGAUGGUUUUUGAGGAAUGUAGUGAUGUGGUUGGAGCAGCGUUGCAUGAAGAUGUGAUGAAGAGUGUGAAGUACAUGGUGGAGUUUGUUGUUAAGAACACUAAGUUAUUGUUGUAUCAAGGGCAGUGUGAUUUGAGAGAUGGGGUUGUGUCUGUCGAGUCUUGGGUGAAGAAGAUGAAGUGGGAAGGGAUUGGGAAGUUUUUGGAUGCAGAAAAAGAUGUAUGGAGAGUGAAUGGUGUUGUUGCAGGGUAUGUCCAGAAAUGGGAUAAUUUGAGCCAUGUGGUGGUGUUGGGGGCUGGCCAUUUUGUGCCAACUGAUCAAGAUGUGAAUUCUCAGACCAUGAUUGAGGAUUGGGUUCUUGAUAGAGGUUCUUUUGCUGUCAAGAAGGCUCAAAAGCUUUCCGUUGAUUUUUGA